GCCCAUAGAUCCGCGUCGCAACUGUGGGCAUCAGCCAGGCGUAGGCUUUUUGCGCGUGCUGAUGAUGACGACUCGCACUUCUUGAAAUUGGAUCCCAACUGUUAUACUUAUCAAGAGUCUGUUGACUCGACACUGUUUGGAGGCCAGCAGGAUGGGUUUUACAAGUACUCCCAGGAGUUAGUUCAGAAGAAUGGAGAGGAGAAUUACAAGAGACUUGCGGAAGAGAUGGCCUUGCGCUCGUCAGGCAGUACUGCGGUCUCCUACGCAUCAGCUCAAAUGGUUCCGAUCGAGCGUCCUGCACUUCCUUAUGCGAUCGGGUCUCCUGACUGGAAUCUUGUCAAUGGCGUGGUCAGAUACAUGGAUUCACCUGGCAAUGAGGACUAUACAGAGUGGAUACAGAGUGUGAUAAAUGUCUUCAAGAAUGUCUACGCCAUUGCCAAAUUUGUCGUUGUGGUGUUCCACUUCUACAAUGUUGACUUGGACGAUAACGAAGGCCUGUUGGGCCACAUUCGGCGAGCAGAGGAGCUCGCGACGUCCAACAGUAUCAAAGAGCUUGUCAGAGCUGUGGAGACUCUUUACUACGCCUUGUAUGCAAGGCUGAUCAUGGAGAUUGCAAACGCCGAGCUAUGCUCCUAUUUUGACCUCGGGAUCCCUCGCAUCACGACCAAGGAUGACUUCAUGCUUCCUGAGCAGCAUAGAACAAUGGAAAUAUUGUUAUGCUGCAAGGAGUUUCUUGACAGUCCAUCCAUUUGCCUAAGUUUCAGCAAGGAUCACCUGCGUCAACACCAAGCUGGUAUCGUUCGUCGUGCGGUAGACAAGCUGAGGGCGACUGGCUUCUCACUUGACGACCUAGUUGGAUAUCGUCGUCACACCUUGGCGUUACUUAAAAGCAAGCAAUCAGAAUUCCGCCAAAAGUGGGACGGCCCGGGCCUCACAUUUCAAAUGCCUCCGAGGGAAGUGCUCGCUGUCGGGUCGGAAAAGUACCUGUCGUUCGCGCCCAGGGAUGCAAUUCGCAUCAAGGUUCCGCAGCCACGUCUGCCUUUCGCAGACGAGAAGUCGGUCGAUCCAGUGGAGUGGGAACGUGAGAAUAUCUCUGCACACCGUCAGGCAGUGCUGGCCAUACUGGAAAGCCGAGUGAUAGGGGAGAUCCGACGUACAGACGAUCGACGCGAACUGAUCGAAUAUGCCCGUGAAAGAAGAUGUACCUGCAGAUCACCUUGUAGCUGUGCAAAGGCUUGUACCAUGAAUCCGGAGCGGGUUUGUCCUUGUGCUGGUUGGAACUUGACCAUCAUGAUGCUACAGAGUGGGCUAUUUGCUCAGUACAAGCUCGGCGCCCGAUGCACCAUGUUCGCCAAGAGUCUCUUCGAGUCGAUCUCGACGAUCAGAGACGACAAGGAUCUCUGCUAUCUGGCAAGCAGCCCAUGUGCGCGCAAAGAAGAUGCACAGCAAACAGUGAGGCAAGUGGUAUCAUGCAGAAGAAGAACGUCCUUGGCCAGACAGAGACUAUUGUGCGUAUGGGCUCACUCAGGUACUGUACAUCAUUUGCAGAUCGACAGUGAUAUUGCACAUACGGGCAUGGUGCCCAAGUCGUUUGCUAGCUCAGUUGUGUGCUCCUCUUCUUCCUUCUCCCAAAUCCCCUCAUCUCCUCAUUAUCCCACAUUUCCGUCAGCCUUAAGACGCAACCCACAGUGGAGCGCGCACCCCAGGGUCUCAUCAACAACGUGGGUGCGGCGAUAUCGCGCCGUAUGGCCAUCCUACGGCAUCACGACGCCGGUCCCGGAUCUUAAUCCACAUUUCCCCAUCUCGCAAUCUCCGUAUUGCUUCCAGACGGGCUAUGCCCUUUGCGCCAAACGCGCGCCGCGGCCCUUCCCCCCACCGUUCCUCUCUCCCCCGUCAUCUUCCUUUUCCGAUCCCCUGACCACCCACUAUCUCAGUCAGGAUAAGAGAUUAUCCGUUCGGGGUGAUCUAGUCCGAGGCCUGAACAAUGGCGACGAUGCCGUUCUAGUCGCCGAUAAUUAUCUGGCUGUCAAUGAUGGGGUCGGAGCAUGGGCUACCAAGCCGCAGGGCCAUGCAGCUCUUUGGGCCAGACUACUCCUUCACUUCUGGGCGCUGGAGAUCGAACGUAUCUCCAAUACGAGUACGCAACUCGAUCCUAUCGGCUACCUACAACGGGCCUACGAGGAAACGAUCCAAGCAACCAGCUCCCAGGGCCAGUGGCUGGGCACGACCACCUCGGUCACCGCACUGCUGCAUUGCACGCGCGACCAUGCAGGCAACACGAACCCGCUGCUGUAUGUGACCUGUCUCGGCGACUGCAAGAUCUAUGUCAUCCGGCCACGCGAGAAAACGAUCCUCUUCCGGACGCAGGAGCAAUGGCACUGGUUCGACUGUCCCAUGCAGCUGGGCACGAACAGCGUCGACACCCCGAAGAAGGAUGCGGUGCUCAGCAAGAUUGCGGUGCAAGAGGGGGAUAUCGUGCUGGCGGUCUCGGAUGGCGUCGUCGACAAUCUCUGGGAGCAUGAGAUCCUGACCCUCGUCCUCGAGAGCCUCGACAAGUGGCAUCAGGGGCGCCAUGACAAUAAGGAACUUGAGUGGGCGCCGCCGGAAGUGCUGGCCCACGAGCAGAUGGUCUACGUCGCUAGGGAAUUGCUUCGAGCUACGUUGGAGAUUGCCCAGGAUCCGUUCGCGGAGAGUCCGUACAUGGAGAAGGCAAUCGACGAGGGACUUGCUAUUCAGGGGGGUAAGUUCGCUUCUUUCGCAGGGGGGCUGUGGCCUUGUGCGGUGGGUAAACUAACCGUGGUACAGGGAAAAUGGACGAUAUCAGCGUCGUGGUUGGGGCAUGCAGGAAGAGAAAGCAUUGACAUCGCCAAGAUGAGGGCCAAGCGUUCCAAGAAGUACCGCAAGUUGAUGCACCAGUAUGAGCUCACAUUCGGAUUCCGCGAGCCAUACCAAGUUCUGGUGGACUCGAAUUUUCUGCGUGCGGUGCACAGCUUCAAGAUGGAGUUGAUUCCGGCGCUGGAGCGCACAUUGCAAGGGAAGGUGAAGCCGCUCCUCACAAAAUGCUCCCUCGCUGCUGUAAUGGCCAACCAACCCCUCCACCCCCGAACCAACAACCCGAUGCGUCCUCAUUUCCUGCCUCCUCCGACAGAAGUGCCUCUUCGUCACUGCUCACACAACGAGGACUCGACCCCGAUCGACGAAGUCGAGUGUCUCCUCUCGCUGCUGUCGCCGACGGCGGACGUGAAGAAGAACAAGGAGCACUACAUCCUCGCGACGGCGGACGCGCCGGCCGCGGCGGAGAAAGAGAAGGAGCGGGCGGCGGUCGCAGCGGGGAGGAAGCGCAAGCGCGGGACCGACAACGAGGCGGAGACCGCGAUCCGAAAGUCGAGGGAGCUGCGCCAAGGCGCGCGCUCCAUCCCCGGUGUGCCGAUUGUGUAUGUGAAGCGAUCGGUGAUGGUGCUGGAGCCAAUGAGCGCGCCGUCGGAGGAUAUUCGUGACGGCGUCGAGCAGGGGAAGUUCCGCGCCGGCUUGAGUGAGGAGGCGAGGAAGAAGGCGGAAGCCAAGGCUGCGGCUGCGGCGGGGGCGGCGGCGUCUGGGGAGACCAAGAACAGCAGCAGCAAGAAGCCGGGGAUGAAGAAGGCCAAGGGCCCGAAUCCGCUGAGUAUGAAAAAGCCGAAAAAACGCGCUGCUGGGGACGGUGGCGCGGCGGAUGCGCCUCGGCCUAAGCGGAAAGAAGCUGACGCCGGUGGGCCGGAGGGAGGCAAUUCAGAGGAGGGGGCUGAUGGUGAUGCGGCCGUACCCAAGGCGAAGCGCAGACGUCGUCAUCACAACAAGGGUGCUAAGCAGGAUGGCGCCGAGGCCGGCGAGUCCGCUGCUACGGCCGCGGAGACGGGCGAUGCUAUGGAGGAUUAAUUCUGCUUUUAAUCCUGGCUUUUGCUUCUUCUGAUUUGUUCUUGUUACUCGAAAGUAUGGCGUUCGGCUGGUACGAAAGAGAAAAAAGUGUGUUAAUAUGUGUAUGAGCAGUGAGUUGUAUAUCCAAUCUUCAUAUCGCAAAACCAUGAUACUUGC